GAGGUCCGAAUCCUAAGUCUGAGUUUGCGCACCGUCGUGGCACACUGACCGAAGACCGACGAAAUGGCGUCUGCAGCUGACUAUAAUUCAUACAGCCAGUCCGGAGCCCAGCAGGGGUACGGCUCCUACGCGGCCCCGCCCUCUCAGAGCUACGGCCAGAGUGCCCAGCAGCAGGGCUACGGUCAGCAGCAGGGCUACGGGUCCUACAGCCAGGCCGCGGACUCCGCCUACACCCAGCCGGGAGCUUCCGCGGGCGGGUACGCCCAGCCCUCGUACGGCUCCUCCUACGGCCAGCAGCCCCCGGCCUCCGGUGGGUACAGCGCCGCCCCUGCCAGCCAGCAGGGCUACAGUCAGCCCGUCCAGAGCUACGGCGCCAGCGGGUACGACACUGCCUCCACCGGCGCCACCUCUGCGCCCUCCAGCCAGACCCCCUACAGCGGGCAGGCCGGGUACGGGGCCCAGCCCGCCUACCCCGGGUACAGCCAGCAGCCCGCCUCUGCGGCGCCCCCUAGAGCCCACGAGCUGAGCGAGCUCCUGGAGACAGCCAGCCCCCAUGCUAACGCGGGCCCGUAUAACCCUGCCUACAGCCAGAGCACUUACGGCUACGCCCAGCCCCCUGGCCCCUACCCGCCCUCCAGCUACAGCGCCAGCAGCCAGCCCGCCAGCUACGAGCAGAGCUCGUACCAGCAGCCCCAGGCGAGCUCGUACUCCCAGGCCCAGGGCGGCUACCAGGCCCAGCAGGGGGGCUACAGUCAGCAGGGAAGCUAUCAGCAGCAGCCCCCGCCACCCCAGCAGGCCCAGCAGCAGCCCCAGCCCCAGCCCACCAGCUACCCGCCCCCCUCCAACUCCUACGGCCAGCCCCCCUCCUCCCAGUAUGGACAGCAGGGCGGUGCUGGAGCCAGCUACGGCCAGCAGAACGACUACAAGCCUCCCAGCCAGUAUGGUAGUUACCGGCAGGAGCACCCCAACGGCAUGGGCAGCGGCGGCUACUCCGGGCCGGAGCCGGGCGGAUUCGGUGGCCCGGGCGAGGGCCGCGGGCGGGGCAGGGGCGGAUUCGACCGGGGCGGUUUCGACAGGGGCGGGAUGAUGCGCGGCGGGAUGAGAGGGGCCAUCAGCAGGGGCGGGAUGGGCAUCGCUGGAGACAGAGGUGGCUUCAUUAAGCCUGGUGGACCGGAUGGUGAAAUGGUUCGGAUGGAGGAGCAGGACGACUCCGAGAACAGCACCAUCUACAUCACCGGCCUGACGGAGAACGCCACCCUGGAGGAGAUGGCCGAGUUCUUCAAGCACAGCGGGAUCAUCCGGAUAAACAAGCGGACCGGCCUGCCCGCCGUCAACAUCUACACGGACAAGGAGUCGGGGAAGCCCAAGGGCGACGCCACCCUGUCCUACGAGGAGCCGCCCUCCGCCAAAGCCGCCGUCGAGUGGUUCGACGGUAAGGACUUCCAGGGGAAGAAGCUGAAGGUGUCGAUGGCGCGCCGCAAGCCCAUGAUGGGCAUGAUGAGGGGCGGCAUGCCCAUGAGGGACGGCCGCGGGAUGAUGGGCCGAGGAGGGAUGAUGGGUCGCGGCGGGAUGGGCCGCGGCGGCGAGCGAGGCGGGUUCGUCCCCCGGGGCGGGCCCCGCGGAAUGGGACGUGGGGGCCCGUCCGGAGGCAACAUGCAGCAGAGGGCCGGAGACUGGCAGUGCCCCAACUCGGGCUGCGGGAACCAGAACUUCGCCUGGAGGAUGGAGUGCAACCAGUGCAAGGCCCCCAAACCAGAGGGCUUCGGCCCCCCGCCCUUCCCCCCUCCAGGCGGUGACCGCGGCAGGGGCGGCCCCGGCAUGCGCGGCGGCAGGGGCAUGGACCGCGGCGGCCCCGGAGGACCCGGAGGACCCGGCGGGUUCAGGGGGGCCCGGGGGGGCGGAGACCGCGGCGGGCCCGGAGGAUUCCGGGGAGGACGCGGCAUGGACAGGGGAGGUUUCGGCGGGGGGAGGGGCCGGGGGGGCCCCCCGAUGGAGGACAUGGGAGGACGAGGAGCCCGGAGAGGCAUGGGACCCCCCGGGAAGAUGAUGGAGAUGAAGGGCGACCAUCGCCAGGAACGCCGGGACCGACCGUACUGAAAGGACCACGCCCACGCACAAAUUCCCCGUUCCGCACAGGAUUUAUUUUUUAAAAUAUUUUUAAAAUUCCCAUAUUUAUAGAUUAUGGGAUUGUUUUGCAUUGUUUCUGCAUUUAGUAGUCAGUGAUCUUAUUUUUGUUCUGAUGUUCUAUUUUAUUUUUUAUUCCGUUUCUUAUUCGCAUUUUGUUUUUGUUUUUUUCGUUGUAACCAGAUGAUUGAGUGCAUGCAUGCUGUCUGGUGCCCUCGACGAUUUCAGGAGAUUUUGUGAAAUGUUUGUCAAAAAUGAUUUAAUGUUUUUAGUUUUUUAUUUUAAUUUUAAAAUGUGUUCCCUUCCCUCUUGACACCAUGUAUUUCCUUUAUAAAUAUUGAGAAUUAAAAAAACGUGAACCUGAA